UCAUUUUCUUUUCUGAACAGGAUACAAGGGAGCUUCCAGAAGUCAGUCAAGAUGAAUAUGGUGAAGAGGAUCAUGGGCCGGCCGCGGCAGGAGGAGUGUAGCCCCCAGGAUAAUGCACUAGGCUUGAUGCACCUGCGUCGCCUCUUCACAGAGCUCUGUCAUCCUCCACGGCACAUGACCCAGAAAGAACAAGAAGAAAAACUUUACAUGAUGUUGCCAGUGUUUAACAGGGUGUUUGGAAAUGCUCCUCCAAGUACGAUGACAGAAAAAUUUUCUGACCUCCUGCAGUUUACUACUCAAGUGUCACGAUUGAUGGUGACUGAAAUUCGACGGAGAGCAUCGAAUAAGUCCACAGAAGCUGCAAGUCGUGCCAUAGUCCAGUUUCUGGAGGUCAAUCAAAGUGAAGAAGCAAGUAGAGGUUGGAUGCUGCUCACCACAAUCAAUUUACUAGCUUCAUCAGGACAGAAAACUGUGGACUGCAUGACUACAAUGUCGGUGCCUUCCACACUUGUUAAAUGUCUGUAUCUGUUUUUUGACCUUCCACAUGUGCCUGAGGUAGUUGGAGGAGCACAGAAUGAACUACCUCUCGCAGAGCGCCGAGCGCUGCUACAGAAAGUCUUUGUACAGAUCCUAGUAAAAUUGUGCAGUUUUGUGUCCCCGGCAGAAGAACUGGCUCAAAAGGAUGAUCUCCAGCUUCUAUUCAGUGCAAUAACCUCAUGGUGCCCUCCCUAUAAUCUGCCUUGGAGGAAGAGUGCAGGGGAAGUACUAAUGACCAUAUCGCGUCACGGCCUUAGUGUCAAUGUAGUGAAGUACAUUCACGAAAAGGAAUGUUUGUCCACGUGUGUUCAGAACAUGCAGCAGUCUGAUGACCUUUCUCCCCUAGAAAUAGUUGAGAUGUUUGCUGGACUUUCUUGUUUUCUCAAAGACUCCAGUGAUGUAUCCCAAACGUUGUUGGAUGAUUUUAGGAUAUGGCAAGGAUACAACUUCCUCUGUGACCUCCUCCUCAGAUUAGAACAGGCAAAAGAGGCAGAAUCUAAGGAUGCUUUGAAGGAUUUAGUUAAUUUGAUAACUUCCUUAACAACAUAUGGUGUCAAUGAAUUAAAGCCAGCUGGUGUUACCACUGGAGUACCUUUCCUACUACCUGGAUUUGCAGUCCCACAGCCUGCAGGCAAAGGUCACAGUGUGAGAAAUAUUCAAGCAUUUUCAGUCCUCCAGAAUGCAUUUUUGAGAGCAAAAACCAACUAUCUAGCACAAAUCAUCCUUGAUGCCAUCAUGAAUAUUUAUAUGGCGGACAAUGCCAACUACUUCAUUUUGGAAUCACAGCACACAUUGUCUCAGUUUGCAGAGAAAAUUCCUAAACUUCCAGAAGUGCAGACCAAAUACUUUGAGAUGCUGGAAUUUGUUGUCUUCAGCUUGAAUUACAUACCCUGUAAAGAACUGAUCAGUGUGAGCAUCCUUUUAAAAUCCAGCACUUCUUUUCAGUGUAGCAUCAUUGCCAUGAAGACACUCCUUAAGUUCACCCGUCAUGACUACAUCUUUAAGGAUGUCUUCAGGGAAGUGGGACUUCUGGAGGUGAUGGUAAAUCUUCUUCAUAAAUAUGCAGCCCUUCUGAAAGAUCCUACUCAGGCACUGAAUGAUCAAGGAGAUUCAAGAAACAGUUCAUUUGAGGACCAAAAGCAGCUGGCUUUAUUGGUUAUGGAGACCUUGACAGUACUACUACAAGGAUCAAACACAAAUGCAGGUAUUUUCAGGGAGUUUGGUGGCGCGAGAUGCGUGCACAACAUAGUAAAGUAUCCCCAGUGCCGGCAGCACGCCCUGAUGAUCAUCCAGCAGUUGGUGUUAUCACCUAGUGGAGAAGAUGAUAUGGGCACUUUGUUGGGACUGAUGCACUCUGCUCCACCCACGGAACUGCAGCUGAAAGCGGACAUCUUAAGGGCCCUACUCUUGGUGCUGAGAGAAAGUCAUCGCACAAGAACUGUUUUUAGAAAAGUUGGUGGAUUUGUAUAUGUCACAUCUUUACUUGUUGCUAUGGAAAGAUCUUUGUGCUCACCGCCUAAGAAUGGCUGGGAGAAAGUAAACCAGAAUCAAGUGUUUGAACUGCUUCACACUGUGUUCUGCACAUUGACUGCAGCAAUGCGCUACGAGCCAGCCAACUCUCAUUUCUUCAAAACAGAGAUCCAGUACGAAAAACUGGCAGAUGCUGUUCGAUUACUUGGCUGCUUCUCAGACUUGAGGAAAAUAAGUCCCUUGAACAUCUUUCCUUCAAAUACACAACUAUUUCAAAGACUUUUGGAGGAUGACCUAAUAUCCCUGGAUUCUGUGUCACCUACGCUAAGACACUGCAGCAAACUUUUUAUUUACCUCUACAAGGUAGCAACAGAUUCUUUUGACAGUCGUGCAGAACAGAUCCCUCCUUGCCUGACAAAUGAGACUUCUCUCCCCUCUCCCUGGGGUACGCCAGCUUUGUCCAGGAAAAGGCACGCAUAUCAUUCUGUUUCAACACCUCCUGUUUGCCCUCAGAAAAACAUAGCUGAUGUGAAACUCCAAACAGGACCCGUGUCCGUACAAAGCUCCGAUGCGGUCAUUAUCCACCCUGGUGCUAUGCUUGCGAUGCUGGAUCUUUUGGCCUCUGUUGGAUCAGCUACACACCCAGAGCAUGCGCUGGAUCUCCAGCUGGCAGUGGCCAAUAUCCUGCAAUCUCUAGUGCACACAGAAAGAAACCAGCAAGUCAUGUGCGAAGCUGGGCUCCAUGCACGACUUCUACAAAGAUGCAGUGCUGCUCUGGCUGAUGAGGACCACUCUCUGCAUCCGCCACUCCAAAGGAUGUUUGAAAGGCUGGCCUCCCAGGCGCUGCAGCCGAUGGUGUUGAGGGAAUUUUUACGCUUGGGCAAUCCUUUGAAUUGCGGAGCUUGGGACAAAAAGCUGUUGAAACAGUACCGAGUGCACAAACCCAGCUCACUGAGUUUUGAACCGGAAAUGAGAAAUAGCAUGGUUACCUCAGUGGAAGGUCUGGGUUCUGACAGCGUCUUCAGUUUGCAUGAAGACAGCCAUUAUCGGAUAAGCAAGAGCCUGCUCAAGCCAGCAGAAGGGACCACAGUACCCCUGACGAGAGUGAAGUGUUUGGUGUCCAUGACAACCCCACAUGAUAUCAGGCUUCACGGAUCAUCGGUUACACCGGCAUUCAUUGAGUUUGACACAUCUCUGGAAGGGUUCGGCUGCUUGUUCUUGCCAAGUUUGGCUCCCCAUAAUGCACCUACAAACAAUGCUGUUACAACAGGACUUAUUGAUGGUGCGGUUGUCAGUGGAAUUGGAACUGGUGAAAGAUUUUUCCCACCGCCAUCUGGUCUGAGCUACUCAACUUGGUUUUGUAUUGAACAUUUUAGUACACCUCCUAAUAACCAUCCUGUGAGACUUCUUACUGUAGUGCGGCGUGCAAACUCCUCAGAGCAGCAUUAUGUAUGCCUUGCAAUUGUCCUCUCAGCGAAAGACCGGUCGCUAAUUGUUUCAACUAAAGAAGAAUUGCUUCAAAAUUAUGUUGAUGACUUCAGUGAGGAAUCGUCUUUUUAUGAAAUUCUUCCUUGUUGUGCCCGUUUUCGCUGUGGUGACCUCAUUGUGGAAGGCCAAUGGCAUCACCUAGUUCUGGUCAUGAGUAAAGGCAUGCUAAAGAACAGCACAGCUGCGCUCUACCUUGAUGGACAGCUUGUUAACACUGUUAAGCUUCACUAUAUUCAUAGUAGCCCUAGCGGGUCUGGUUCUGCCAACCCACCUGUAGUCAGCACUGUUUAUGCCUAUAUUGGCACACCACCCGCACAGCGCCAGCUCUCUUCAUUGGUGUGGCGUUUGGGCCCUACACAUUUCCUGGAAGAAGUUUUGCCUGCCCCAGGUGUUAGCACCAUUUAUGAACUGGGACCAAAUUACGUCGGAAGCUUUCAAGCAGUAUACAUACCAUGCAAAGAUUCGAAGUCUGAAGGGAUCAACCCGUCUCCAGUAUCUUUGGUACCAGAAGAGAAGGUUUCUUUUGGUCUCUAUGCACUGUCAGUUUCUUCAUUUACAGUGGCAAAAAUAAGGAAAGUUUACAACAAGUUGGAUAGUAAAGCUAUUGCCAAACAGCUGGCAAUUUCUUCUCAUGAAAAUGCCACACCUGUGAAGCUGCUACAUAACUCAGCAGGUCAUUUGAAUGGACCAGCACGCUCCAUUGGUGCAGCUUUGAUAGGAUAUUUGGGAGUAAGAACAUUUGUCCCUAAGCCUGUUGCCACUACACUGCAGUACAUUGGUGGAGCUGCUGCUAUUCUGGGUCUUGUAGCCAUGGCAUCAGAUGUAGAAGGGCUGUAUGCAGCUGUGAAGGCCUUGGUCUGUGUGGUAAAGAGCAAUCCACUAGCCAGCAAAGAAAUGGAAAGAAUCAGAGGUUAUCAGUUGCUGGCAAUGCUGUUAAAGAAGAAACGAUCCCUUCUGAACAGCCACAUACUCCAUCUGACUUUUUCCUUGGUGGGAACUGUCGAUAGCGGGCACGAGACCUCCAUUAUUCCAAAUUCUGCUGCCUUCCAGGAUCUGCUCUGUGAUUUUGAAGUCUGGCUUCAUGCACCCUAUGAACUUCAUCUGUCGUUAUUUGAGCACUUCAUAGAACUUCUCACUGAGUCCAGUGAAGCAGCAAAGAACGCUAAAUUAAUGAGGGAAUUCCAACUCAUCCCAAGACUGCUUUUGACUCUUCGAGAUAUGUCUCUGUCCCAGCCUACUAUUGCUGCUAUAAGUAAUGUGCUGAGCUUUCUGCUUCAAGGCUUCCCUAGCAGCUACGACUUGCUCCGGUUUGGACAGUUCAUCUCUUCCACUUUACCUACAUUUGCAGUCUGUGAGAAGUUUGUGGUCAUGGAAAUAAACAAUGAAGAAAAGCCUGACAGUGGAACAGAGGAUGAUUUUGGAGGACUUGUUUCAGCUAAUCUUAUUCUACUGCGGAACAGGCUUUUAGAUAUCCUUCUGAAACUUCUAUAUACAUCUAAAGAAAAGACAACUGUUAAUUUGCAGGCUUGUGAAGAACUGGUCAAGACACUGGGUUUUGAUUGGAUUAUGAUGUUUAUGGAAGAACAUCUGCAUUCCACCACAGUCACAGCAGCUAUGCGAAUUCUUGUGGUCCUGUUGAGUAAUCAGUCCAUCCUUAUCAAAUUUAAGGAGGGUCUCAGUGGUGGAGGCUGGCUCGAUCAGACAGAUUCUGUCUUGACCAAUAAGAUUGGUACUGUGCUAGGGUUCAACGUUGGCAGGAGUGCUGGUGGUAGAUCUACAGUUCGGGAGAUUAACCGAGAUGCUUGUCACUUCCCAGGCUUUCCUGUUCUGCAGUCCCUUCUCCCGAAGCACACUAAUGUACCUGCACUCUAUUUCCUCCUCAUGGCCCUUUUCCUGCAGCAGCCAGUCACUGAACUGCCCGAAAACCUGCAGGUCAGUGCACCUGUCAUCAGCAGCCGGUGUAAUCAGGGUUGCCAGUUUGAUUUAGACUCUAUUUGGACAUUCAUAUUUGGAGUUCCUGCUUCCUGUGGCACUGUUACCUCUUCAAUACAUAGUGUUUGCACAGAAGCUGCCUUCUUGUUACUGGGAAUGCUGAGGAGCAUGCUGAAUUCUCCUUGGCAGUCGGAGGAAGAAGGCUCUUGGCUUCGAGAAUAUCCAGUAACCUUGAUGCAGUUCUUUCGAUAUUUGUAUCAUAACGUGCCGGACCUCAUUUCCUUGUGGAUGAGUCCAGAGUUCCUGUGUGCGCUGGCAGCAACAGUGUUUCCUUUCAACAUACGACCUUACUCUGAGAUGAUUUUGGGAAACUGGCUUUCCCAUAACUGCACUCUAAUGGUCACUGAUCUUGAUGAUGAAGUUGGGUCCCCAGCUGAAGAGUUUAAAGCCUUUGCAGCUGAUUCUGGCAUGAACAGGAGCCAAUCAGAAUACUGCAACGUUGGCACCAAGACGUACCUAACCAACCAUCCUGCCAAGAAGUUUGUGUUUGACUUCAUGCGUGUGAUGAUAAUUGAUAACUUAUGUCUCACACCAGCGAGCAAACAGACUCCACUGGUAGAUCUUCUGCUAGAGGCUUCCCCUGAAAGAUCAACACGAACACAGCAGAAGGAGUUUCAGACAUAUGUUUUGGAUGGAGUCAUGGACCACUUACUUGCAGCUGAUGUUUUAUUGGGUGAAGAUGCAUCUCUGCCUAUAACGAGUGGAGGAAGCUACCAAGUGCUGGUGAACAAUGUAUUUUAUUUUACACAGCGUGUGGUAGAUAAGCUUUGGCAGGGCAUGUUCAACAAAGAAUCCAAACUUCUUGUGGACUUCAUAAUCCAGCUCAUUGCACAG